AGGGACCACACGAGUCUCGUUAAACACACUAACCAACCAGACGCCUAUCUACGAGCAUCAUUCUCGUUCCUGACCAACUGCCUGACCCACCACAGGCAAGCUGUCCAUCCUUCCCACACACAUGCACACGUGUACACACUCACUCUCUGCUAUACGUAUCUCAGGUUGCCCCUAUGCUCUUAGCGCGACGUCGCGCAGAGAGGAUCUUCCCUCCUAUCCAUCAGACUCGGCUUGCAGCCCAUCGUCAUCGCACCGCUGCCAAUCAAACUAUCAACAACUCCUGUCACACGGCGUCCAAUGGCGUUGUUGGCGCCUCUUCUUCUCUUCUCUCUGACAAAAUUGAGAGCCGCCGUUGUGCAUCCCGCACGCAUGGAUCUGGCUUUAUUCGGCACACCUGUUGGCAACAUCAGACCGACGUCAAGACGCACACUGCGGAGAGCCGCAAAAAAGGUGUGGACACGAGGACACGCAAUAAGGAAAGGUUGGAUGACACACGCGACUGUCUGUCUGCUUUCGCCUCAGCGUGACAGUUUGGUGGCGAUGCAGAAGGAAUCCGACACUCGAACGAAGGGCAAAAGUGAGCACAAAACACGGACGUCGCCCCGCAUCUGUAUUGGGUGCUCAUUGGGGUGCCUUUCCAUAGAACUCCUACAAGUAGCACGUACCCCAGAGAAAGCCUUCAGCCUACCUGUUGCUAUCGUGCACAUAUGUACUGAUAUCAAGAACUUCAUUCUGAAUGGCAUCAGAGGGGCAACGAGGUGGGGAUGGUUAAGAGCAGCGGGUGGGUGCCAUGGAUUGCACCUCACUCGUCAAUAUGUUUGCCAUCCAGGUGGACACCGCAUAGCGUGGGCUCUUUCAUGAGGAUGCAGCAGAAAGCGACGGCGGAGCCUCCGGCCGUUCCUGUGCCGCCGCCACGGUCGAUGGAGGAGCGUUCACUGAGCAGCCCUGCUAGCGUGCGACCAGGUACAAUGGAAGCCUGAUACAGAUAAGUGCCAGUAGAAAUGCGUGUGCGUGUCUGUCGUUGGCUUGGUUCAGGCACGCCGAUUGGCAAUGUGUAUGCGCCAGGUGAGGCUGAAGAGCGAUUGGGCAUCGCCCCGCUGCCACGAAUCACACUUACACCUGAGCUGGUUGCCGGGCGCGAGGCACUCUGGAGAAACCUUGGCAGAGAGUACGUCACGUCAGAUCACUCACCAGCCCACACAUAUGCAGACCCACACCACACCUUGCGUACGUACGCUAUGCCGCGUCGUCAGGUAUACUUUGGCCGACAUAAAGCAAAGCAACAUCCUCACGUUAGGGUACUAUGUUUGGCCGUUGCUCUACGAGAUGGUCACGCGGACUGACUGGCGCAUCUGCGUUAUUCCCUAUGACCAAAACAACAAGGCUCUCUCGAUGUCAUUCAUCGUGUCCAAGGACGCCGGGCUCCCGCUGGGAGAUCAAUAUGGAAGGGCCCUGUGGGUGCUGGUCGGCGAUGAUCUCAAGGAGGCCAAGCAUGAUGACGCGCUCAAGAUGCGACUCGAGAAGCAGGCACUCAGAUACGGCUGCACCGUGGACAAUUUUGGAGACUGGGAUUUCUACAAGUACAACUUCGAAGAGAGCGACUCACUGGAGCACAUCACGAAGAUCCGCGGGGACGACAGCCACCUCCAAGAGAUAGUCGACUUCAUUGUUGAGCUGCUGCACAGAGAUGACAUGGGAAUUCCGGUUCCACGUUGGGACUAUCUCGAUGGCAUCAAACGAAUCAUGGCCAUGAAUGCAGGUAACAGACAGACAGAUAGACAUGUUCACCCACACGAGUGCAUCUUUAUACAUCUACAGGUGAAGGUGUGGAGGAAUGAGUGCAUCGGAAGUGUGGCUGGCACGUUCGAUGACUGCAGUGCAGGAAGCGAACUUCAGUGCAGGAAGCCAAUGCAAGGCUAUGGGUCUUCCUGCCAUGGCUGGGAAGACAGUCAGGCGUAUAAGUCAGGCAUAUACAUGAUUGUCUGUUUUUGGUCGCCAUUCUUUAACCUGAUGACUCAAUUCGGCUUGAAAAUCAUGCAGCAAACGCAGUGCGAGAAUGUCAUCCCAGCCAUAUCUCACAAGA